AUGGCAGUAACCAACAUCUCGUUCGAUCAACCCCUCAUUGCCCAAGAGGUCACCUGUUAUUACCCUAUCAGCGAUAUAUACGCGCCGACUCCACGAUAUCUUUACUAUGUCCUCCUGGCCUUGAGCUUCAUCACGCCUAGCCAUGGUUGGGUCGCCCACAUCAUCUUCGGAGCCGCAGUCUCAUAUGCCGCCACUGCUUCACUUGAAGCUUUUAUCCUGCUUUCCGCUCAUCUUGGCUUACCGCCUGCCCAGAAUGUCACGAUAGCCUAUCUGGAUCCAGGAAACCUGACAGAUAUCUCGGAUGACUUGCAAGCACUUGUGACGAACACCACCAAUGUUCCCGUGCAGCCUGACUACUUGGAGCUCGACAUUGAUGCAGUCACUUGCAUUGUGAUUACCGCGUACCUCGUGGGCUUGCCGCUGCAGUGUUGGUCAAGCACCGCUCGAACCAGUCGAAUUCUCCAUCUGCUGAUCUUCAUCUGGAAUAUAAUUAUGCUUGCAGGCUCAAUAUCGGUGCUGGUCCUUUGGCCGACUCUGAAUGUUGGACCCCCUCAAUAUCGCUUCUGUUAUUCAGGCAUCGUGGAUGGCAACACCAUGCAAAGUAGCGGCUGGGACGAUCAAUACUGGGCCGGGUCUUGGAAUUCAACCGUCUGGGGUCUGUUUGGACCGUCGGUCAUCGACAACGAACGAUGGUUGAAUCUUUCAACGAAUUGCUUCUAUCCAUGCUUCAACACGUCUCAGAUCCUACGAGAGUCAACGCGGCUAAGGGCGACAGUAGUCGGUACAGAUGCACCUGGCAGGAGUCUGCAUACCUGGAAUAUGUGGGAAGGCGAUGAAUUCCAACCCCUCGUUUAUACCGCGAUUGCCGGCUUCACUGCCGCACAAUUAUUUCUUCUGGUCGUCGGGAGAUUGAAUCUUUGCACUUCGAGGGUCCCUAUCCAUCGCCCAUUUCAGCUCUGGUUUCGGCGGAGGGAGAUCUUUGGCGCUUUCAAGGCUGACAUAAGAGCUGGUUGGUCGAGCACAAAGUGUUUUCUGCAGCAUCCAAUACCUUUUUUCGCAUCGAUACGGAACAUUAGAUUCCGCCACGCAGCCAAAGUCACGAGAAUACACAAGCAUCCCGUCUCCCAUUUCGUCAUCGACGUUCUAACACUUUGUGUUCUGCUCGGAGUCAUGGUCUUAGGACCCCUGAUCAUUGUCGCUUUCAUUAUAUGGAUUGAAUCGUAUAUCCAUUCAGAUGGCGAGCCGAACGAGCAAGUUCAGGCUGUUGGCCAAUGGCAAUUCAUAGUCCAGAUCGGCAUUGUCAUUCUCGCGGCGGUGAUCCUGAGGCUGCGGUAUAAAGUGGCUUCGGAGGAAGAGGUCCAAAGGGAUCUGCGACACGCAAGGGCCCAGGUCGAAAAGCUGGAACGGGUUGCAGAAAAGAAGAGAAUGCACAGAGAGGAUUCGGCUACGAGGAGAAAGGAGCGAGUGAGGUAUACAUGCUUCUUCCGCCGGCGGAAAAGAAAUGCUGGAAGUCAGGAAGAUGAACAAAAGCAGGUUUCUGCAUCAUCGGCUUCUGCAGAAGGAGUCCAGGGGCUAUCGCAGGAGAUCAGAGAGGAUAAAAGACAGGUCGUGUCGUUGCCCAGAGGUCCGGCGCCAUGA